GCAUGCGUUAGCGUGAUUUCUGUAACUAACAUGGCGAACACUACAACAGCUUUAACUGUUGGGGGAAACAGAACUACAGGACAAUCAGUCCGAACUCAAAAUGUUUUGGCUGCCAUGUCUAUUUCGAAUAUUGUUAAAAGCAGCUUGGGUCCAGUUGGACUAGAUAAAAUGUUGGUUGAUGAUAUAGGUGAUGUUACUAUUACCAAUGAUGGUGCCACUAUUCUAAAAUUACUUGAAGUUGAGCACCCUGCUGCUAAGGUUCUUGUUGAACUUGCAGAUCUGCAAGAUCAAGAAGUUGGUGAUGGAACUACUAGUGUGGUGAUUAUUGCUGCUGAAUUGUUAAAAAAUGCUGAUGAAUUGGUCAAGUGUAAAAUUCACCCUACCUCCAUUAUAAGUGGCUACAGACUGGCAUGCAAAGAAGCUGUUAAAUAUAUUCAAGAUCAUUUAACAAUUUCUGUUGAUGAUUUGGGUCGCGACUCCAUAGUUAAUGUUGCUAAAACCAGCAUGUCAAGUAAAAUUAUUGGACCUGAUUCUGAGUUCUUUGCCAAUAUGGUGGUCGAUGCUGCAACUGCUAUUAAAACAGCUGAUGGCAAGGGAGGCUACCGUUAUCCAAUCAAUGCUGUCAAUGUACUUAAAGCCCAUGGCAGAAGCUCUAGAGAAAGCAUUCUAGUUAAUGGAUAUGCUUUGAAUUGCACAGUAGCUUCUCAAGCCAUGCCAAAGUCUAUGCGAAAUGCCAAAAUAGCAUGUCUAGACUUCAAUUUACAAAAGACUAAAAUGAAGUUAGGUGUACAAAUUUUAGUGGAAGAUCCAGAACAGUUGGAACUGAUGAGGAAAAGAGAGUCAGACAUAACCAAGGAGAAAAUCCAGAAAAUUUUGAAUGCUGGUGCAAAUGUAAUUCUAACAACCCAAGGAAUUGAUGACCUUUGUCUGAAGUACUUUGUUGAAGCUGGCGCAAUGGCAGUCAGACGCUGUAAGAAGACAGACUUGAAACGUAUAGCUAAAGCCACUGGAGCAACUUUCUUAAUGACUUUGGCUAACAUGGAUGGUGAGGAAUCCUUUGAUCCAUCAUAUCUUGGCCAUGCUGAAGAAGUAGCACAAGAAAGAAUUUGUGAUGAUGAGCUUCUCAUUAUUCGAGGUCCAAAGGCAAGAACAGCAUCCUCUAUAAUUCUGCGUGGAGCCAAUGAUUUUAUGGUGGAUGAAAUGGAAAGAUCAAUCCAUGACUCUCUCUGUGUUGUAAAGAGAGUGCUGGAAUCUAAGAAAGUUGUGGCUGGUGGUGGAGCUGUAGAGGCAGCUCUUUCUAUCUAUUUAGAGAACUUUGCUACUUCUUUGGCAAGCAGAGAACAGCUGGCUAUAGCUGAAUUUGCCCAGUCCCUACUUGUCAUUCCUAAACAGCUGGCAAUCAAUGCAGCUCAGGAUUCUACAGACCUUGUUGCCAAACUCAGAGCCUUCCAUAACACUUCACAGACACGAGCAGAACACAAUGACCUCAGAUGGGUUGGCCUUGAUCUUUAUGAAGGAGUUGUAAGGGACAACAAAAAGGCAGGUGUUUUGGAGCCAGCCAUCUCUAAAAUCAAAUCUCUCAAGUUUGCCACUGAAGCAGCCAUUACCAUCCUUCGAAUUGAUGACAUGAUCAAAUUAGUUUCUGAGAAGCAUGGGGGCCAGUCCUACCAUGAUGCCUACAGGUCUGGACAACUGGAUGAUUAAUUGAUCAACUGUAUCUCUCAGUGUUACUUGUACAUCUGAACUGGUUCAAUUCAUUAGCCUAAUUCAUGUGCAGAUUAUUUGAGUCAACAGCCAGAAACAUUUGAAUUUAUUCAGUUAGCAUAUUCAAAAGUUAUUUCAUUUUACUAAAUUAAUUAGGAACAGCAAAUUCUCAGUUGUGCAUCUCAAUGUGUGUGUGGCUUUGAAAUUAUUAUUUUUAAAGGAGUAAAUGAAUAUUAUUUAUUUUUCUUUUCUAUUUGCACGCAUUUUCUGUGUGAUUACAUUUUUAUAUGAUAUUAAAAAAAUUAAUUAAAAA